GACCUGUUCUUUGUUCCAGCAGGCGGCGUCAAACAGUAAUAACAGCUUAUCAAACGCCGUUCUUGGACGUAGUCUGUUCGGGCCCCCAGCUCACAGCGGCCUGGCCUUAUUGGCAACUGCUGUUUCCAUCUUUCCCAUGGCACCCACCAUUACUUCCUCCUCAUCCUCUUCCUCCUCCUCCCCCCCCCCUUUUCCCCCACGCAUCCUCGCCCUCCAUCUCCACAACACACACUACUUUCUCUUGACAGUCAAUUUUGUCCGACAAACUACCAUAUGCUCACAUCUUCUUCUCGCACAUUGAACCACGAUGCCAAACAUAGAUCUCCAGGUUCUAAAGGAACCCAGCAUGCCCCAGGGCGAAGCAGAUGUUCUCGACACAUUGGCCAAAGCAUUAAACUCCAGCGAUGAUUCUGCAGUCGUCGCGGCCAACCUGGAAGACGAGCUACGACAGUUAAUUGCCUUAAGCAAGUCAACAAAGGCUGCAGACACCCUGCUUUGGAAUCUGUGGGUGAUGCUGUUGGAGGUGGUGAGAAUCGUGCCCAUCGAACAUCCAUGGCACGCCGCGCUCGCCGCUGGCAUGAACAACUUGCGCUCGAGAGGCGGGCUUGUGGUUGAGCUCGAGGGUUGCACGCUGAACUGGGCGGACCUGCCCGAUCUGAGCAUGUAUGUCUUCGAUAAGUGGUUUGACGCUACCGAGUUGGACGACUACACCUCGGAGGACAUAGACGCCUGGAAACGCUGGAACUCAUUUGCGUCACAGCUCCUGAAUGAAGAGUACAUGAACUGGAUUAUUUUUCCCUACUUGGAGAUACGCUCGGCGCUGGAAUUUCCCCCGCCGGAGGACCCAACUAUAUUCGAGUGCAGACUUUGGAUAGCAACUCAGUGGCUGACCCAAUGCGCCGAACUUGUGUACAGCGAGAUGACUUGUGGGGUAGACUUGGAGGAGAAAACAAAGUCGGCAAUCAAACCCGGCCCGCUGUGCGAGGGUGUCUACCCGCGCAGUCUGCAGCGGUGGGAGUUUUGGCGGGAAAGACUUGAAGCGCUGGCGGGAGAGAAGGGUCUGGAGCAGGAGACGGAUUCGGGGGAUGGCGGUGCAGGGCGGACCAUCCCCAGUGCAUCGUUAUCCCGAAUUCAACAGGCGAUCAAUGCUAUGGACGCUGCGAGCAACAACGCCCGAGUCUAGUUAGACAAUCUUCUUGUAUUACUACUUCCUUUCCAAUACUAGAUGUUACACUGCAA